GGCAGUAGUUGAGCUACCUCAGCGAUUCCUAUUGACCACACCCUUAUCAUUAUGUAGGUCGGCAGUGCCUAUAUACCUGGCCUAGAAUUGGUCUUGUGAGUUAUUCUAGAAGUGAGAUACUACGUAAAUCGUGUUGUUUGCCGAUGGAUAUUGUGGGGAUUCUCUGUGUACUCAGUACAUUAUUGCGGGUGGCAAUAGCAAGUGAAGCUACAGACUUGUUUCUAACUUUGUCUGAUGAUGUUGAUGAUGUGAUUCAAACUGAACAUAUUCUCAUCACUGAUGUUAGCCAGAGCAGUGGAGAUACACUCAUCUGUUGGUCAACUCGAGCUCAAAGAAGCUUCAGUUGGUUUCACCAGUUUAUAGGAAGUGAAGAAUUGACUGAACUUCCAAGGGUUACUGAAAACAAACCCAGCUAUUUUGGAUGGAAGAUUGAAAUAGGGCGUAAACUUGAAUACAACAAGCUUACUCUACUUAAAGAAAUGGAUACAAUUCCCAUUGAGGGAGUUUUCACCUGCAGUGUUGGAACACUCUAUACAGAUAUUUUUGAGGAAGACUCUGUGGGGAUUCAUUAUCCAAUUUGUCAGUACAGAGAGAUUGGAAAGCUGAGAGAGGGCAAUGGGAAAUUCAGAGUGAUUUGCAUGUCUACUGGAGGCAGACCACUGAGAAUGUCUGUCACUGGACCAUUUGGUGUUGUGGAGAACAUGAAGAACAUUAGUGGAAAGGGAAGUGUUGAGUGGGUAGGUAAUGAUACUUUCUCCGCAGAGGUUAAUAGUACAAAUGGAACUCAUGGAGAUGUGUAUGGUUGUAUGGCAUCUAAUGGAGUGUCUAAUGCUUCACACAGUUUCUCUCUGAAAGUUGCUGGGAGUCCAACUCUACUGUUAGUAGUACAGACAUCAGCUACGUCAGUGAUAGUGGAGUGGAGUCAGCCAUCAGGAGGAGCCACAGUGACUGGAUAUGUAGUACACUACAGUCAUGGAGACAGCAACACGACUAAGAGUAAUAUGACUGAUAGUACUGCUAGUAAGAGUGUACCUGGAUCUUCUACUCAUGCUCUGAUUACAAAUCUCACUGAAUGUUAUAACUACACAUUUUCUGUUGAAGCUACCUCAGAGCACCUCUCUCGAAUGUCAAAGAUAUUUAUUUUUAAACUAGGUGAAUCAGACCUAUCAGUGAAUGUCACAGCUGAAGCAGUGAGUUCAACAGUCAUCUCAGUCCAAUGGGACCACCUGAGAGCCUGCGGUCCAGUCAGUCAUCUGUCUGUUAAAUUCUCAGUGAAGUACACUGCAGUGUCAGUGCUGCUCUGAAGUUAUAAACCAAACUGAGAAUUAUUGUAACAUCAACUGAGGCAAUGCUGACUGGACUCACUCCAUACACCAAACUACUCCAUUACAGUAGCUGUAGUGAAUGAGAUGGGAAACGUGGGACCAUACAGUUACCCCACCACAAAUAAACUUUGGAAGAUGUUCCAGGUCCAGUAGGUGCAGUCACGGCAUCUCCCUCUUCGUCUCAAGUAACCCUGACAUGGGAGCCACCACUGAUGCCUAAUGGAAUAAUCAUAGCAUAUGAGGUUUCCUACAGACAAACAGUUUCCUCAGAGCCUGAGACUAGAGUGAACACCUCUGCUCUGGCCACUAAUUUCACCACAGAGAGCAACCUUGAGGAGGCCACUGAAUUCAUCUUCUCUGUGAGAGCCUACACCAGAGUGGGACCUGGAAAUGCUACCUCUCUUACUGUGGCUACAUUAGGUGCUGUGUCAAGUAAGAAUGACUGCUACUGUUUCCUCUCUUAAAACUAGAAUCCCCUAGCCUGCCG